AUGAACACGGACUUUUACGAAUAUGAAACAUUAUAUAUAAAUCCACGUGAUUAUUUAUUUGCUAAUAGAUAUAAUAUAAGAAAAAAAUUAGGAAAUGGUGCAACUUCAAUGGUUUAUUUAUUAGUAAAAAAUGAAGAUAAUUUAUUGAUUAAUGAUUUACAUCAAUGUGUAAUAAAAAUUUGUAAAGACGAUGAAUCUGCAAACUUAUUUAUAAAGGAAGUUAAAAUAAUAAAAAAAUUAAGACAAUUAAAUAUUUCAAAUAAAUUUGAUUUAUUUUUUGAAAAUAUUCUCGAUUCAUCACGUACAGGUAAUAUUUUUCUAUCAAUCAUUUUUGUUAAAGUUUUCAAUACGUUGAAAAUCUAUUUAAAAAAAUAGAGAAUUUUGUUUCUUUUUCAAAAGAAUUGAAAAAAAUAUAAUAAAAGAAAAUAUUUAAUGAGAUAUUAAAAUUCUAGAAAAUUUUAGUUCAUUAAUGGAAUUUAUCUAAAUGAGAUUUAGAAGCAAAACAAUUAUUAUUGAUAAUAAAUAAAUGACAAGAAGAUUUUUUUUCUAUUCCUGACAUAUAAAAUAAAUUAGAAGAUAGAAGAGAAGAAUGAAUAUCUCGGCAGUUGAAUUCAUUAAAAGAAGAAAAAUAAAAAAAAAAUAAAUAAGUUUAUUUUCAUCUAUAUGUUAAUAAAUAUAAGAGCUAAUUGGACAUAAAAAUAUCGGAUGUUUUUUUAAAUAAAUAUAGAAGAAAAUAAUUACAUCUGAUUAUUUCAAAAUUGAAUCGACUAACAAAAUAGAAAAUUUUUUAUUCUCAUUAUCAAU